AUGAUCAAGCAGCCAGACUACAACCUGGAGAAAAUUGAGAACAAAGCAGAACCCAUCGCAGCCAUGCAUGCCAAUGACCGCUCACUCCUGCAAGCGUUCAGGAAGGCCCUGGUUCUGGUCAUGCAGGGUAGCACCUGCUUGGAGAAUGGCUCUUUCUUGCUGAACUUUACAGGCUGCGCAGUGUGCAGCAAGCGGGACUUUAUGAUGAUCACCAACAAAUCCUUCAGAGAGGAAGAUGGAGAAGAAAUAGUGACCUAUGAUCAUCUGUGUAGGAAUUGUCAUCACUUAGUUGCCAGGCAUGAGUAUACAUUCAGUAUCAUGGAUGAAUUUCAGGAGUACACCAUGCUGUGUCUGUUAUGUGGCAAAGCUGAGGAUACUGUCAGUAUUCUCCCUGAUGACCCCAGACAGAUGACUCUGUUGUUCUAAGGAUCCUUUUGCAGUUCUGCUGGAACCACAUAAAAGUUUGUGUACAAUUCA